AUGUCUGGAGACUCACAAAGUAAGAAGAACUCCUUUAAGAGGAAGUUCCAUUCCAAGUCCAGGAUGGGCUGUCUGACGUGUAAACGAAGAAGAGUCAAAUGUGAUGAGACUAGACCCUCUUGCAAGAACUGCGUUAGGAUGAAGCUAGUGUGUGGAUACACAGAAUGCAACGAACAUGAAGGUUCUGAACCUCCUGCUAAGAAGAUUAAGGUUAAGACUGAGGAGAGAAACCUGGUGUCAUCGAGUUCAACUGCUUCUUCUCAUGACCAAACCUUUUCAUCGCCUGAGACGCAACAAGCUACGCCUGACAAGACCCCACCUCCAAACUUCCCAAGUAAUGCCAAUGGGGUCCCUGCUUUGGCAGCGACAGCUUUGGGAGCUGGGUUACUUAAUGCUGGUAACCUCAAUAAUAUCAACCUAAGCCAUCUAGUGAACAAUUUGAGUAAUCUUGGUGACUUGAGCGGUUUAGGCAAUAUCGCCAACUUGAGCUCGUUAGCUGUUUUAGCUCAAUUGCCUAUCGAUUUAAGUGGUCUCGGAAGUCAAUUCCCUGGAUUCGAAGCUGCAAUGGGUGCUUCUGGUUCUAGCCUGAUGGGAAACCCUCUAGGUAAUUCCCAAGGCGCCUCGAUGCCAUCGCAGCAGUCAGUCCCACCUCAGGAGAAGCCACCUGCUCCUCAAACCCUGCCGAGCAUCUCACCUAAUGUUUCUACUCCGCCAUUACCUAAUCCAAUGAGCAUGGCGACUGGUAUGGGCUCUCUCAACAUGCUCGACUUGAGACUAAUGUACCACUAUACCAGUCAGGUUUCUAAUACUAUCACCGGAGCUGGCAUUUCGGAUACUGAUAUUUGGAACCAUGACGUGCCAAUGUUGGCAUUUCAAUACCCUUUCUUGAUGCAUGCUAUUUUAGCUUUCAGUGCUACACAUUUAUCCAAAACCGAAAAGGGCUUGGAUCAUUGCGUCACUAGUCACAGAGGAGACGCUCUUAGGCUAUUGCGUGAAGCUAUCCUUGACAUCAACACCAAUAACACCGAUGCUUUGGUUGCAAGUGCACUUAUAUUAAUCAUGGACUCGUUGGCUAACGCAUCUGUUCCAUCGCUGACAUCGCCCAAAUCUCUACCGGCAUCUGCAUGGAUCUUUCACGUUAAGGGAGCGGCUACUAUUUUAACUGCAGUUUGGCCGCUUACGGAGGCGUCAAGAUUCUAUAAAUUUAUCAGUGUGGAUCUUGGAGACCUUGGUGAUAUCAUAAAUGAAAAGAGUCAGCUUACAUCGCUUCAACUGAAGUCCUUUGCUGACCUUGAGUGUCAUGAUAACGACAUUGCUGACCUCUACCCUGUGCUGAUUGAUUCACCAUACUUGGUAACAUUAGCUUACUUGAAUAAAUUGCACAAGGAGAGAUACAAGGCAGAUUUUAUCUUGCGAAUCUUUGCCUUCCCAGCAUUGUUGGAUAAAGAUUUCCUUGGCCUAUUAAUGACUGGAGAUAUCAAGGCCAUGAGAAUCAUGAGGUCAUACUAUAAAUUAUUGAGGUGUUUUACCACAGAAAUGAAGGAUAAGGUAUGGUUUUUGGAGGGCGUGUCGCAAGUUUUGCCCGUAGAUGUUGAGGAGUAUGCUGGUGGAGCUGGAGGUAUGCACAUGAUGCUUGAUUUCUUGGGUGGCGGGCCUUCGAUCAUUGAUGACCAUGAGGUUGACAAGGACCUCUCAAUGAUCGACCCCGAGGGCCACAUUGCUAACAAGCUCAUUGACACCGACAACUUACCGAGCGACAUCACCAGCAAUUUGGAGAUUAUGCAAGGGGACAAUGGAUUCAUCGGGUCCAACGAAUUAUAA